GGGCCGGCGCCCCGUCACGUUUCCUCGCUCGCGUCGCCCCGGGCUCCGGGGGAUGCCCCCGGCCGGGCCCCCCCAUGGCCGCCGACGUCUUCAUGUGCUCCCCGCGCCGGCCCCGCAGCCGGGGCCGCGCGGUGCUGCUCAAGCCCCAGGUGCCCGAGGACGACGACGACUCGGACACGGAUGAGCCGUCUCCGCCGCCCGCCUCCGGCGCGGCCACCCCGGCCCGGGACCACGCGAGCGCCGCGCCACUGCCGCCCAAGGCCGGGUCGGGCAGCGAAGAGCCUCCGCGCCGCCAGCAGAUCAUCCACAGCGGCCACUUCAUGGUGUCGUCGCCGCACCGCGAGCACCCGCCCAAGAAGGGCUACGAUUUCGACACGGUCAACAAGCAGACGUGCCAGACCUACAGCUUCGGCAAGACCAGCUCCUGCCACCUGUCCAUCGACGCCUCGCUCACCAAGCUCUUCGAGUGCAUGACCCUGGCCUACAGUGGGAAGUUGGUGUCUCCGAAGUGGAAGAAUUUCAAGGGCCUGAAGCUCCAGUGGAGAGACAAGAUCCGGCUCAACAAUGCCAUCUGGCGGGCAUGGUACAUGCAGUAUUUGGAGAAGCGCAAGAACCCCGUGUGCCACUUUGUCACUCCGCUGGACGGCUCUGUGGAAGUGGACGAGCACCGGCGGCCAGAGGCCAUCACCACGGAAGGGAAGUACUGGAAAAGCCGCAUUGAGAUCGUGAUCCGGGAGUAUCACAAGUGGAGAACCUACUUCAAGAAAAGGCUCCAGCAGCACAAGGAUGAGGACCUCUCCAGCCUGGCCCAGGACGAUGACAUGCUUUAUUGGCACAAGCACGGGGAUGGCUGGAAGACCCCAGUCCCCAUGGAGGAGGACACGCUGCUGAACACAGACAUGCUCAUGUCGGAAUUCAGCGACACCCUCUUCUCCACGCUUUCCUCGCACCCGCCCGUGGCCUGGCCCAACCCGCGCGAAAUAGCACAUCUGGGAAAUGCAGACAUGAUUCAACCGGGGCUGAUUCCUUUGCAGCCCAACCUGGACUUUAUGGACACUUUUGAGCCUUUCCAGGACCUCUUCUCUUCCAGCCGCUCCAUUUUCAGCUCCAUGCUGCCUGCACCCGCCUCAGGGCCUGCACCAGAUCACAACAGCCCACCUGCUCAGGAGAGCAUCCUGCCAACCACCGCUCUGCCCACCCCGAGCCUCCCUGACGGCUUCAUUGCACCCCCUGCAGCCACGGCCCUGGACCCCACGAGUGGGCAGGGCUGUGAACACACCUCCCAGCCGGGGGACCCCUUUCUCCAGCCCGCAGAUUUAGGUCCCUCUGCACCACCACUGAGUGUCCCGCAGCCCUUCUUGCCCGUGUUCACCAUGCCUUUGCUGUCGCCCAGCCCAGCCCCUGCCCCUGCUUCCCCCGUCUUGCCAUUAGGCCCUCCUCCCGCCACUGCCCUGAACCCCCCGACUCCCCCUGCCUUCCUGCAGCCACAGAAGUUUGCCGAAGUCAGCAAGUCGCCCCCUGUCAUCACCCACACGGCCUCUGCCACCCUCACCCACGACGCCUCUGCCACCACCUUCAGCCAGAGCCAGGGCCUCAUCAUCACGACCCACUAUCCCACCCCCUCCGUGUCCCCCUGUGGCCUGGCGCUGUCUCCGGUCAGCCGGCCACCAACCGUUGGGCCUCCUCAACCUCGUUUAACUUUCGUGCACCCCAAGCCCGUAUCAUUGCCUGGGGGAAGGCACAAGCAGCCCCCCAAAAUAGUGCCUGCUCCCAAACCAGAGCCCAUGUCCUUGGUAUUGAAGAAUGCUUGCCUCGCCCCAGCUGCCUUUUCAGGACAGCCCCAAGCAGUGAUCAUGACCUCAGGCCCUCUGAAGAGAGAAGGGAUGUUGGCUUCCACCGUGUCCCAGUCCAACAUGGUCAUCACGCCCGCUGCCAUCGCCAGGGCUCCUGGGGUCACAGAGUUCCACAGCGGCAUCCUGGUGACAGACCUUGGCCACGGCACGGGCAGCCAGCCUGCUCCCAUCUCCCGGCUCUUCUCUCCCAGCACAGUGCCGGACUCCCUGGUAAAGGGCGAGCAGGUCCCACCACAUGGGGGCAUCGCCCAGGUCCCUGCCACAGGUGCCAGUGAGUCUGCUGUCUGGUUGGAACGGUUGGGACCGCGUCGAGACUGCCCGAACUCAGGGCAGGCCUCUCCGUGUGCUUCAGAACAGAGCCCCAGUCCUCAGUCUCCCCAGAACAACUGCUCAGGGAAAUCUUCUGCAGACCCCAAAAAUGUGGCUGCUUUAAAGAACCGGCAGAUGAAGCACAUUUCAGCCGAGCAGAAAAGGCGCUUCAACAUCAAGAUGGGCUUUGACACCCUCAACAGCUUGAUCUCUAAUAACACCAAGCUGACCAGCCACGCCAUCACGCUGCAGAAGACCGUGGAGUACAUCACCAAGUUGCAGCAGGAGCGCAGCCAGAUGCAGGAGGAGGCCCGGCGGCUGCGAGAGGAAAUCGAGGAGCUCAACACCACCAUCAUCUCCUGCCAGCAGCUGCUCCCUGCCACGGGCGUCCCCGUCACCCGGCGCCAGUUUGAUCACAUGCGAGACAUGUUUGACGAAUAUGUGAAAAGCCGGACUCUGCAGAAUUGGAAGUUCUGGAUUUUCAGCGUCAUCAUCAAGCCGCUGUUUGAGUCCUUCAAGGGUGUGGUGUCCAGCAGCAGCCUGGAGGAGCUGCACCGGACGGCGCUGUGCUGGCUAGACGAGCACUGCUCUCUGCCGGUUCUCAGGCCGACCGUGCUGAACACCCUCCGGCACCUGAGCACCACCACGUCCAUCCUGACGGACCCGUCCCAGCUGCCAGAGCAGGCGGCGGAGGCCGUCACCAGAAUGGGCCAGAGAUCUGGGGAGUCUUAGCAGUGCUUAGCGGGCACGUGGCCGCGUGAGAAGCCGUGGAGACCCUUCCCGCCUGUGGAGAGGAGGCGGCGGCCCUCACCUCUCCUGAUGCGGAGCUUCCGGGCCUCCCUCCGACUGCGGCCCAGCCCGCUCAGAACGCCGCACUCAGGUCUGAAGCAGGUUCGGGUCCUGCCCAGAGCAGUAGCCCAGCUUAGGGAACCCCUUGCUGUGAACUCUGACUCAGCGACCUCUGUCACCGACCUCCCCUUCCCUCGGGGUAGCCCGGGUGAAGGGGAACAAAGGGGAACGCUGCCUGUCCCUGUCCUGUCCUGUCCUGUCCUGCUGGUGGGAUGUCGGGGCCACGGCGGCAGUGCGGGGAGCAGACAGGGCAAGAGGGGGCAUCACCCGCCCCCCCAAGUUAGGAAACGUGAGGGUCCUUCCCGGCUCCUGUCUGGAGACUUACACACGCUGCCUCCUGUCACCUCUCAGGCGCCCGUGGGGCAGUUGGAAGGCAUCCUCCUUCCUGCCCCGACUCUGACCUUGUAGAUAGAUUGGACGUCUGCUCAGGCUUCGCAGGGCCGGCUGCUGGGGAAACCCCGCAACACACGUGUGCAAAGUGGUGGGUGCGCGUGCCCGCAGACAGGAACGGAAGCACAAGCGAUGCGGAGCUGCUGCUGGCUUGGAGGGCCGCUCGGGCGGGACUUCGAUCUGUCCUGAUCUGGUUCCACUUGGCGUUGCACCUCCGUGGUGACACCGGCCUGAGAAUCACGUGGCGGGGCUUAGCUGGGGCCCUGCCUCCUCGUUCUCCACCUGCUUCCGAGCCGCAGCCGGGCGGGCGGCCGUGUUUGAUGGUUGCUGCUGGCCCUUCGGGUGCAGUGUGUGAAAGACCAGGCUCCACAGUGCUGCCAUCGGCCUGGUCACCUUGUCUGGAUUGUCCAGCUGGGAGCCCCAGAUCAUAACAGUUCCUGGACCAAAGACGCCACCACACCCAGCGUCUGUCUCGUGUUUGGAGGCAGAAGUUGAAUGUUGACACCAGGCUCCGAGGUGGCUGCCUCGGAGCUGUCUCUAGGCGGCUCCAGACCAGACUGUAGAGAGUUGUAUUCAGAUUUGGUCCAGGUGGAGGGGGCAGCAGGCUGUUUCCGGAUGUGGGAAUUGCACUUGGAAGGGUUCAGAGGAGGGCACGGCAGGAGGGGCGGUCCCGGGCCCGUCCUCCUCUCGGUGUGUCUGCAAGAGCAGCUCUAGAUGGAAGGAUGCUCUCUAACACUCAGGAAGCCCAGCCAGGGGUACCUCCUCAUUGAAAGAAUGUGCUUUUCACGUCCUGCUGUGAAGUUCAGAGGCCAGCAGACUUCCCGUUCAACCUCUGACCUCCGGACCCGAGACGGAGACUGGGCAAGCGCUGGGCAGACCAGGAGCCCAGGGGCCCCAGGAGGGGCCGCUGCGGGCCACCCUCUGAAGCUUGGAUCAUUUCGGAGGCUCCUGCUGGAUCCCGGAGGCCUGUGGAAGGUGCUCGGGGGUGCAGGCAGCCCCACCUCAGCCUCGGCUGUCGGAGGACGGAGGCGGGGUCCUCUCUUUGCCGCUGGCCGUGCCACUGCCCCUGCCACGGGUCACGACCGAUCACCUGCUUCCUCGUCCGUGCUCCAGCCCCGUCAAGGGCGCCUCAGCGGCACCCCUUCCCCUCCCCAGAACCCGUGUUUACAGGCCUUCGCAUCGCUCUCCUGAGGCGCGAGCACGCAGCGAGGCUGGGCCAGCCCUUCGUUUCCACUGGGAGGAGGGACAGGAACUCAGCCUUCCCCCGGAGUGGACACGAGGUCUCCCUCAAAAGUGGAAGAGCACCGUGGUAAGAACUCCGUGAGGCUCAAUAGGGAAAAAGGAAAGCCAGAGACGUUCCAGCCAUGAGGCCUCGUGGAGGGUCCUGCCCUCGGCCUCGCCCCGUUCCUGUGCCUUCGUUAACUGCGUGGUGGCCGCGGAGCUCGGCCUGGCCAUGACCUCUCCGAGAUCACUAGCUUUCUCCCCACCCCUUGCUGGGAGUCUUUUUUUUUUUUUUUUUUUUAGCUCCAUGGGAUAUAAAAUUGGCCUCUUCCUUCUCUGGCCUACCUCUCCCUCCCUUUGGCUGAUGUAAUGUUCAUGAUUCUGUUUUUUAAAAUAUUUAAGGCUGUUAGGUUGUAUGAGGCAUUGAAGGCUGUGUGUGUGUGUGUGUGUGUGUGUGUGCGCGCGUGCGUGCGUGUGCGUGUGUGUGUGUGUGUCCCAGCAGACGUUUAACUAGAUGCAUGUUUUGUUUUGAGCUGUUUCCUUACAUCCGUUUCUCUUGGUGCUCACCGUCAUGGCUGUAGGGCUGCAGAGCCGUAUCUCUUACUACAAACACGUUUGUUUCUUGCCCCGGCAGUUUUCCUGUUGUGGAUUCUUGCCUGAUGAGUCUGGCCAGACGGGGGCCUACCCUGGACCUCUGUCCUGGGGCCCCAGGCCGGGGUGCAGGGACCCCGGGACCCCCUGCCGACCGCCUCCAGUGGAUGCUGUAGUUUGUUUACACUCACUUUCACCCCUCCUGUCCCUCCUCCCGUAAAAGAGACUUAAAAAUGCUGACACUUUGGAGAAUAAGAAAAUCAAUCUGAAAAGGAAAAAAAAAAAGCCCGUCUGGCACGUAAUCUCUGAAAGUGUUUCUGUGAAACCUUUCUGUGCCGCCACCUCCCUUCCUGCUGCUGGUUGCUGUUGGACACCGUGUGGGAGAUGCAGGGAGAGUGGGGCUUUCCGCAGUUGGCUGGCCCGUCCCUCCCUCGGUCUCAGGUGGGUGACAUCCAACUGUCACCCCUCUCCCACCAGGCCCCCAACCUGGCUGGGGUUUUCAGGGCACAAGGGAAGAAGCAGCCCCGGCGUCAGGAGUCAGUGUCGAUGUGAGCACCAGGUCUCGUUGGGGAGGGACUGGCAGGGCGCUGCGGGUGACCCCGUGCACCCAGCUGCCUCUACUCUGUCCUUGUGACCUGGUCCCGCCUCCCUUUCUAGAUAGCGCUCAGCCCUCCAGCUUGUUAUUGCUCUGGCCGAUAGAAAGAGAAACUUCGAUUCUUAGGGGACAUGGAUCCCAGGGUGGGGGCCGAACCCCUCGUCCCUCCCCAGGUGAAGGGGUGCGGUGGCCUCCUCUCAGCCUGGGCCUCCCCUCCCUGUACAGCCGGCUCUCCACCUGGAUGAGUGAGUCCGAGCGGCAGGCUCGUCGUUGUUUUCAAGAUCACACGUUCUCACUGUCCAGCUGAACGAGGUCUCAUCAGGGUGGAGCUGGGGCUGUCCAGGGGGCCCGUCUGCCCGCGGCCUGCACACUUGCUCAGUGUGGACCCAGCCCCGCGCUGGCUAACCUGCCCCACUUCGGUUCUUUUAUCUCACCUGGGCUGCAGGGAGGCAGGCUUGGAACACUGCUUGUCAGAGCAGCUUGGCUUCCUUGGUGGUGGGCCUGCUGAGGAGGGGAGCUGGGGCGCCCCAGUGUGGGCUCAAGGGCAGCAGUGGGCGGGGGUCCUUGGCUCCAUGCCCUUGGUGCCUUGUACAUGAAAGAGGAUUGUCACCACGUCUGAGCACAGAUGACAGGACAGGACAGCGAGGGUGGAGGGUGGAGGAGCUUGGACCUUCAACACGUACAUUUCAGUGGUCGCGUAUCCUUGACCCGCUCAGCAGGCAGGUGUGGGGAUCGGAGGGGCUCCAGGAGCAGAGAGAAGCCUCAGGACCCCCCGGGUGCCUCCACACAGAUCACCUGCCCUGUUUUCUUUUCCUUCUGACGCCUUGGCUUUCCCAGCUCACCACACAGGGCUGUUUCCUGUCGAGGCUUGUGAAAAUAAGCCUUUGAUAAAGAAAAGGGAACUUUUCCUGUUGAAUGUUGGCUUUAUGCGUGUGUGUGUGUGUGCGCGCGCGUGUGCGCUUGCACAAGCCUGUGUGUGUGUUUGUGGGUGUUUACUUAAUGGAAUUUUAUUUUUGUGAAAUUCUUUUAUAAUUAUGUAGCAAAAUUCAGCUCCAUCUCCCAGUCCAACUUUUGGUUCCAGAGUCAACCCUGGGCGUCACUAAUUUGAAGAAUUCUCUCCUGGGUUUCUGAACGGAGAUGCGCCACUGUCAAGAGUUGAGGUUGUGGAGAGGGUUGGGGGAAACAAGUCUGAUGCAUUUCUGUAGAGUUUACAUCCUGCAGUUAAAAGGUAGGAAGGGCUCGACCAGGGUGACACGAAGCCCAGGCUAUGUUUUUUGCGAGGGAGCUGAACCGCGGCCUCAGCCUGAGGUGCCCUGCUGCUGCUUUAUCUGAAUCUGUUCACACGGCUUGUUUUGCUUGUUUUGUAACGCCACAGCUGAAACAGCACGUUCUUUUCCUUUUUUGGGUUUCAGUUCAUUGUAUAAAUGGUUCAUUUUUUCUGUUGUGAGCUCUGGUGACUGUGUCAGGCCUCCGGUAGGAGACAGUCACCCCUUGUGGGCAGAAAAACAAAACCCAAGGAGAGUUUUGUGAAUCGGAGGCUCCCUCAGGCCUGCACCAUCCAGAGACGGCCCUUCAUGCUCCACUGUUGAAAAGCGAGUUUCCACCAGCUGUAUUCAACACUACAAUGCAGUUCAAAAACUAUAUUUGCAUCCAAGACAAUAAAAAGCCGUAUUUUUUUGAAAAA